AUGUAUAAUUCUACAAAUAGCAAUUUUCCUCGUUACAGAGUUCGUCACCUCACAGUGGAAGAAUGUAUACCAGCCGGUGGCGAGGAGAGGAUUCGAUCUGCUCGUCUGCAGAUCGUUGUCGUGUGUCCAGUACUCCUGGAACGGAGACAAAGUCGUCCUGAACAAGCGCAAAGUCUAUCCAGGCUACUGCUCCCAGACAAGGUCCUCGCGAUGAUGCUAGGUGUCCACGACAGCCACAUCCAACGACAGUCACAAGUCCAUCCUGUUCUCGCGCGGGCUGUUGGUAUCCUUGGCACCACCCCGCCUCCUGCGUUGAGGAGCGACAAAACAGCCUUCUCUGUGCAUCCGAAGAAAGUUAAAUUGGGUCACAACAAACUAAUCGCCUUGCUGAACGACCCGCUGCGACCGGAGGACACGGUAUCGGUGAUCGUCGAUCGGUGUGGCGAAGCGAUCGAUAUCGUUCAAGUGAAAAGGAGAAAUCCCUACGCCCUGCAGUUUUCCAUUCCAGAGAGGUGCCUAGACGUAUCGAUGUUGGUGGGCGUAGGGAUAUCUAAGAAUGGUUGUCCGUUAGGUGUGAAGCAGGUCAAGUGUGAGAGUAGGCUGAGGGAACUUGAUCAGAUCCUUCGAGCCAACAAUCCCUUACAAUUCAUGUCAGCUGGACACUGGAUGGUCACGCGUUCCAACGAAACGUCCCACCGCAACUUUAAUCUUCUAUCUGCACCCACUGGAGUGGUGUCCAAUCAAAGAGUCCACUCCAGCCCUGAAGAUAACCCAACGUUGUUGCAUUUUGCUGCUCGUUUUGGCCUGGAGAGAUUAGCCUGGCAACUGCUCGAGUGUCCAGGUGGCGACAUAGCCUGCGAUUUGAGGAACGUCUCAGAAUUGACCCCUGCGGAUCUCGCAGAACAUCGGGACACGUGAGGACUGGCGCAUCAGCUUCGUGGCUACAUGCAAAUGAACGAGUUCACCAACAUGUACAGCUAUCGGAAAGUGAUCAGUGAGACGACGACAGACCAAGCAGCAAGUGGUGUUUUUUCGAAAACAGUCAAUCUUCGUGCUAUUAUGGCAGAGCAGCCUCGAAUUUCAGCACAAAGUCGAGGGAACCUUCGGGUCCUCAGGACGAGCUUCUUGAGACUCAUAAAGUCGGACUUCAAGAACAACGUGUUCACGAUACCGAGGGUGGAGAGCUGGUGGAGAACUGGAGGAACCGCAAACGACGUUCAACCAAGCUUCAAAGAUAAACAGAGACCAUUGAACGCGAUGAGGGAAGAAUAUGAAAGGAUACAAAAGAAACUGAAGGAAGAGAUGAAAGGCCCCUACACCUUUCGAUAGGAUUCGAAAAUCUUCUCUAAAGGAAAGAAAGAUUCAAAAGAUUCUGCAAAUGGAAGCGAUGAUUCGUACUUUAGCUACCAAAACGGAAAAUGUUAAUGGUGGAUUAGCAGAUCGCAGACCAGUUAGCAGUUUGAGUCUCGUAGCGUUUCGAGCUCGUCUUCGUCUGGUAGAAUGAGUACUGGCCAGUGGGUGCAGUGGAACCAGUCUAGGCGACAGUGGAACUCAUCUGAUACCGAGAUCGGAGACUUCAGAAUGCCAGAGAAGACAAGGGUGGUAUAAUGUCGUACGAAAUACCACCUGCUCCAAAACCUUCACCGGAAGAUAUUCACCUGCUCUCAGGUACUCUCCAUCCCCUCGAUCCUCGAGCCGGCAACGAUCUUGAUCUAGACCGUCGCACCCCCCCGUCAAGAUAGAAGACAAUGAGUAUUACAUCGCCUUUCCACCCUCAGGAUUACUAUUCACUCUUUCAAAACAGACGGUUCUCUGAAGGGAACCGAAAACACCAAGCUCCCUGUGACCACCA